AUGAAAAAUCAAAAUUUAAGGAAAUCAGAAAAGUUAAACACCAAGUAUCUGAUUGGACUACUUGCCACUCGUAAUCUAACCCUUGCUAGUUGCGAAAGUCUAACUGGUGGUUUGUUUGCCAAAUCACUCACUGAUAUUGCCGGAGUAGGUCAAAUAUUUAAAGGAGGUUUUAUUGCUUAUAAUAAUGAAGUCAAAGUUAAACUAGUUAAAAUUUCUCCUUCUACACUAGAAAAAUAUGGUGCUAUUAGUGAACAAUGUGCAAAGGAAAUGGCCCGAAAUACUCAGCGUCUAUUAACAGCAGAUUUAGCCAUUAGUUUUACCGGUAAUGCUGGACCUCGGGCUCAAGAAAAUAAGCCAGUAGGAAUGGUUUUUGUUGGUUUGGCUCUCAAAGAACGUCUGAUUAGUAAUUCUUAUCAGUUUUUUGGUUCGCGGAGAGAGAUUAGAGAAAAGGCAGUUGAAGAAGGGGUUAAACUGAUCAUUAAUGAGUUGAUAAAAGUUAUGCAAUACAACCAGAUUAAAAUGAAUAAUAUGAAAAGUGAUAAAGGAAUUAGUUUCACUGUCAAUUAUGUUCGCCAAAGUUGGUUAGAUAUUUUUCAGCAAAAAGGAGUGGCUACUUUAAAGAAAUAUUUUAAUAAUCCUAACUUGGCUCCUGGUCGUAAUUUAGUUAAUUGUCAACGAGUAAUUCGAACGGACGAUUUAGUGAAUAUUAAUUCUCAAUCUUAUCAUCAAACUCUUUUUGAAAUGUUAGGAAUCUUUUCGGUUGGAGGUAAUUUGCCAAAAAAUAUUGAAGAUUUAGAUAAUAAACGAUUUAUUGAAGUUUGUAAUAUUGUUUUUCCUGAAUUUUAUCACAAAGAAAAAGAUUAUUUACCCUUAGCCGAAAGGUGCGUUGACACUGGAGCAGGGUUAGAACGGAUUGCGAUGGUACUUCAAGGAAAAAAAAAUACUUUUGAGAUUGACUUGUGA